AUGGCACCACAGACAGCAGGGAUGCAAAAGCAGAAUAACCGAAGAGAAACAUCAAGAAUAGUAGUACCCGGUGCAGCGAAGCACGAACUGUGGCGUACUGCUAUAGCACACCCAGCCCAUCUAAGGGCACUGGGCUCCGAGACUUGGGUUGCCUUCGGAUCGGACACCGCUCCUGAGGAAACACUGCGCACGGGCCGGGCUCUGACGGUUUCAGGGGCACGGAUCUCGGAGAGCAGGCCCGGCAGCCUCCGGGGCCAGGCCAGGCCAGGCCAGGCCAGGCCAGGCCGCCCUCCGCCGAGGCUGGGCAGCCCGGCCCCACACGGGCGGCUCUGCAGGAUAUUAAAUACGUUUGUGCUCUCUCUGCAGACCACUGGACUUGUAGGACUGGCUGUGGCUGAGAACCCUCAUGAGCGCCUGCGAAUACUGUACACAAAAAUCCUUGGUGUCCUGCAAAACAUUCCCAAAGAUGCAGCAUAUAGGAAAUACACUGAGCAGAUUGUAAACCAGCGAUUUAAUUUGGUGCAAACGGAGACUGAUGUGCAAAAACUAGAGGACAAACUGAAUAGUGGUCGCAUAGAAGAAGUCAUUGUACAGGCUGAAAAUGAGCUUUCCCUGGCAAGAAAAAUGAUACAGUGGAAACCAUGGGAGCCUCUAGUUGAAGAACCUCCUUCUGACCAGUGGAGAUGGCCAAUAUAAUUUUCAAAAUGGUGUAACCUCUUGAAAGUAAAAAAAAAAAAAGUUAAUUAUUAA